AUGGGUUUGAUCAAAAGGUUUGAUGUUUACUUGAUGAUUGUGACGUUGAUGGGUUUGGGGUUUACGAUAGGGUUAUCAAAUGGUUACAAGUUCUAUGUUGGUGGGAAAGAUGGUUGGGUCCCUACUCCUUCCGAGGAUUAUACUCAUUGGUCUCACCGAAACCGGUUUCAAAUCAACGACACUCUUUAUUUCAAGUACGCGAAGGGAAAAGAUUCGGUGUUGGAGGUGAGUGAAGAAGAGUACAACACAUGCAACACGACUCACCCCAUAACUUCCCUCUCAGACGGAGACUCUCUCUUUGUUCUUGACCGCUCAGGUCCGUUCUUUUUCGUCAGCGGCAACUCGGAAAACUGUCACAAAGGCCAGAAGCUAGGCGUCAAGGUCAUGUCCGCCGUCCACCACCACAGCCCUCGUCAGCCAUCUCCCUCUCCGUCACCUUCGAUGUCUCCGGUCCAUCAGGUUUUGUCGUCUCCGGCGCCUUCUCCGGGAGUGGUUCCUUCUGAUUCAGCAGCUCUUGCUCCGGCUCCAGGGCCCGUGUCAGCUCGCAAUUCGGCUGGUUUGGUUGGUCCGGGAGUGGUUUCUCUAUGCUUGGUUCUUGUGGUUAUCAUAAGUCUCAUUGUUUAG